CUCUGGCUUUGCUCUCCUCUGGCCUGUGGCCCUGGAAAGGCUGCCUUGGAAGGAUUGCGACCCUCAGGCUGAAAAAAUGUUUCUUCAUCCUUGGACAAAAAUGGAAGAAAAACCUGAUCGCAUACGAGAUGCCAUUGAGAUUCCAGUCACGCCUCUCCAGAGUUUGCACUGAUUUCCAAAAGAUUGCAGUAUGUCUAUAUCGAUGUAAAUUGCGGGUCUUGAUGAAAAAGGAAAACAAAUGGAGUUUUAAAAUGCAGCUAAUCAGGGAGUUAAAAGAGAGGUUAAUCCUUAUGGAUUAAUCAAAUUGCAUGUGUAAAGGGAGGGGAAGGAGGUGAGAGGUAAAGAGGGAUGGGAGAGGAGAGGAGAGGAGGGAAGGAGAUUGAAAUUGGGCUUGGCUGUUUUGAAGCAGAGAUUUCUGAGGAAACUUUGGGAGAAAUUGAUCUUCCGGCCUUCGUUUGUUUGCUGAGCAAAGAGUAGGGCCACUUGGUUCUUUCUCAGGUGAGGGUUUAGGAACUAUUGAGGGCUUCAGUUUGCUCCUUGGAAACAUCUCAGGGAAGGGAACUUGCUGUGGUGUAGUAGUUCAGACUAGGACCUGGAAGAGCAGGGUUCAAAUCCACACUCGGCCAAGAAGCUUGCUGGGUGUUCUUGGGCCAGUCAUUGCCUCUUAGCCUAACCUACCUCAAAGGGUUGUUGUAGGGAUUAAAUGAGUGGGGGGAAGGGAACCACGCACAUCACUUUGAGCUCCUUGGAGGAAAAAAGUGGGGUAUUUAUGCAAUAAAUCAUAAAUAAAUGAAUAACAUUUUAAAUUAGGGACGGGGAAUAUGUGGCCCUCUAGAUGUGGUUAGACUCCAGCUCCUAUCAGCCCCAGCCAGCAGUUCACCAAGGAUGAUGGGAGUUUCUGCUAAACAACAAAAACAUGUUGUUCUUAUUAUUUUAUUUAUACAUAUACCCAGUGCUUUUUUUCUUAAAAAAAUGUUUAGGGGUACAGUGGUACGUCGGGUUACAUACGCUUCAGGUUACAGACUCCGCUAACCCAGAAAUAUUACCUCAGGUUAAGAACUUUGCUUCAGGAUGAGAACAGAAAUCGUGCUCUGGCAUUGCGGCGGCAGCAGGAGGCCUCAUUAGCUAAAGUGGUGCUUCAGGUUAAGAACAGUUUCAGGUUAAGUACAGACCUCCAGAACGAAUUAAGUGCUUAACCUGAGGUACCACUGUACUCUCAUUUUCCUACUCGUAUUGAGAUACUGCCCCUCAAUGAGGCCAAACUUAGAUUCACAAAAUGUUUAGGGGUUUGUGUACCCCUGCGUCCUCCCAGAAAGAAAGCACUGCGUAUACCACCUUUUCCUCCAAAGAGCUUAAGGUGGUGUACAUAGAAUCACAGAAUUGUAGAUUUGGAAGAGACCCCAGGGGCCAUCUAGUCUGACCCCCUGCAAUGCAGGAAUCUCAGCUUAAGCAUUCAUGACAGACGGUUCUCCUCCUAUCCCUGUUUCUUCCUCACAACAACCCUGUGAGGUAGGUUAGGAUGAGAGAUGCUGACUGUCCCAAGGUCACACCCAGUGAGUGUCAAGCGGGAAUUUGAACCCCUGGUCUCCCAGGUCAUUGUCCAACACUAACCAACACAAGACACUGGCUGUCUAGAGGGGAGGCACAUGCUCUCUGUCCCUCUUUCAAAUACAUUGCAGAGAUUACUCUGCACAGAGAAAAUGAGUGCAUGGUAAAAAGUUUGCUUUUCCAAACAGGGUGCAAAGCAGUGUGCAAGUUUGAACUCAACAGAUGCCAGCAGCAUGGCUUCCUUCUUUGUGGUGGCAUGUUUGGCCAAGAAGGGAGUGCAGAACGAAGACGCCACCAUCAAGAGUAAUCGCCCAUCUCAAUUUGCAAUCGCCCUCUCCUGUUCCAUCCUGUCGGGAGCCUGUUUCCCCCCUUCCAGAUGGGAGCGGGCUCCCCUCGUUAAAAUUCUGAGCGCCCGCAUCUCCGUAUUAAAGCGGAUAUUAAGCCAUAAAGCGUAAUAUGUUAUGACACCAUAAAAGGCAGCGUAAUUGCUACGGAACCAUAAAAUGUAAUACAGUUGGCUCAGCGGCCAUUAUCUUCCCCUCCUCUUGCGGCUCUAAGUAUUUGAAAGUGUUAUCGAACAGCCUGGGCGAGGGCAAAGAGAGCAGCUCAAAAAGCCUCUUUGUUGCUGGAGUCUGCAAGCGGAGGAAUGACCUCAGAUGCCCUCUUCCUGCUCCUAGAGGAGUCGACUCCUUUUCUAUGCAGUAGGCAGGCAGCCCAACCGAAAGUGAACUGGAAAGUAGGGCGCUAGUACGCUCAGUUGGUUCGAGCGUGGUGCUGAGAACGCCAAGGUUUGCAAGUUCGAUCCCCCUACGGGACAGCUGUGUAUUUAUUUAUGCAUUGUAGGAGGUUGAACUUGUUAUAGAAAUU